AGCCGCCGCCGUGCGCCCCGUCGGGGGGGGCCGUGCCCGCAGCCCGGCCCGGCCCGGCCCGGCUCGGCUCCUCCCGAGGAGGCGGUGCCGUCCCGGGACCGCGCUUGGCUCCGCAGCCCCGCGGGGCCGCCCGGCUCGGCCGCCCCGAGCCGCCGCUGCCAUGCCGGUGACGGUGACAGUGACACUGCCCGGCCCGGCCCCGUGGGGCUUCCGCAUCUCCGGGGGAAGAGAUUUCGGGAAGCCCAUCACCGUCUCCAAGGUGACGGAGCACGGGAAGGCGGCCACGGGUGACCUCCGGCCGGGGGAUGUCAUUGUCACCAUCAAUGGGGAGAGCACGGCUGAGAUGCUCAACGUGGAGGCGCAGAACAAAAUCAAGAAGAGCCCGGGGCAGCUCCGGCUGGAGGUGGAGAGGUCCCCGGUGCCAUCUCCCAGCCACACCAACGGGGACACCUCGCUGGAGAGGUUGGCCACGCGUUUCCAGGACAUGCUGCAGAUGCCGAGUGACAGCCAAAGUGCCCUGAGGACCCUCGACCCCAGCCUGGCAUCCCUCACCCACCCACCUGGCAGUGCCAGCUCACAGGAGCAGGAGUUCACCUGUCCCGGCCUCCGCCAGGAGCGACCCCCGAGCCGCCAGAGCAGCUCCCAGGGACCCGUCCUGCCUCCCCCCCACCGGCCACCCUCACCGGAGCUCGGAGCUCCCCAAACCCCCUGGGCAGCCCCCAGGGAGAGGCGCCUCUCCUCCCCUUCUGCCAGCACCUGCCACAGCCAGGGCUCGGAGCCGACCAUGAGGCGCUUGGAGGAGGACUCGGAGGUCUACAAGAUGCUGCAGGAGAACCGGGAGCUGCGGACGGCCCCGCGGCAAUCCAGCACCUUCCGCCUGCUCCAGGAGGCGCUGGAGGAUGAGGAAGGAGGAGGUCCCGCAGCCCCCUUCCCCAGCCGGCUCUCGGCCGGGGCCCGCAAGCCCGUGGCCGGGGUGCAGAAGCUGCACGUCUGUGAGAAGUGCGGGAGCAGCAUCGCGACACAAGCGGUGCGGAUCCAGGACGGGCGCUACCGGCACCCGUCCUGCUACACCUGCGCCGACUGCGGCCUCAGCCUGAAGAUGCGCGGCCACUUCUGGGUGGGGGACGAGCUGUUCUGCGAGAAACACGCCCGCCUGCGCUACCAGGGACCCCCGGGGGGGCCCGUGCCCCGGCCCGUGUCCCCCCGCUCCUGAGCCCCGGCCACCGGCACCGCGCGGUGGGGUCAGCCCAGCGCCCCCCGUGACCCCAGGGGGGGUUAGGGCUGGGCUGGGGGCUGAGGACGCUGCCGGGCUGGGGAUGGAUGGGGUUUGGGGGGGAUGCGAUGCAGCCGCCCGUCUUCACCCCUUCGUGGGUGAGUUCUCAGCCUGGGGGACACCGAGGGGACAUUGUGGCGGGGUCGCUUGAGCACUUGGGUACCGAGAGGGGCUGGCACCGCUUGUGCACUGACUGCAAAGGGCUUCUCCGAGGAAUUAAACCAGAUUCUUUUCAAAUAUAAUAUAUAUUUGCUCCA